AUGGACGACCAGCACUACGACAGGGAGACGUUCUUGACUCUUGUCCCGGUCUUAGACGCGAGUCAGCUUCCGGCUCCGGUGUUCGCCGUGCAGAUCACGGGUUUUCCCGAGAGAGGGGUAGCAAUUGGGUUCUCUAUGCACCACAUGGCGGCUGAUGGUAAUGCCAUAUGGCAGUUCGUUGAUGCGCGGACGGCGGGGUGUCGAAUGUCGUCCGGCGGAGGGGCAUCGAGUCUCCCAGUGCCACUGCAUGACCGGUCGGUCAUAAGUCACCCCCGAGCGGAAGAGAUUGCCAGGAGUAUCGUGAGGACUUUCGUUCCCAACCUCCCAAGCGUAAGUUCAAUGCCGACUCUGUCAGCGUCUCUCUUUCUCUAUCUAUCCAUGUAUCUAUAUCUAAGUAGCUGAAACCUGCUUCAUGGCUGAUUUCAGCUAUCCGACUCUUUGAUGAAGUUCUACGAUCCGCGUGAGUUGUCACGGAGAACCUUCGCCGUCAAGGUGGAGAGAAUCGUCCCCCUAAAGGACCGAGGCACCGCCACUCACCGGCCCUCGGCGUUCGCUGCCCUGGCCGCCCACAUCUGGCUGAGCGUCGUCAGAGAGAAGGGCAUUCCACCGGACGACCUUAUCUGUCCCUUGCUUUUUGAAGCCGACUGCCGCCACCGCCUUGACCCACCCUCCCGUCGAGGACCGCUACUUUGGCAACUGCCUCAAGCGCUGCUUGGCCGUGGCGAAGGCGUCGGAGCUGCUGGCCGGCGGCGAUGUGGGCUUUAAGGCGGCCUGCGCAGCUGUGCGGAGAGCCGUCCAGGAGGGCACUAGGGAACCGUUGAGUGACGUUGAGCGCUGGACAACUAAGUCGGUUCUUACUGGGUUUCCGAUCGAGAGACUAGUGAAUGUGUCAGGGUCGCCGAGGUUCCGGGUGUACGAUGCAGAUUUUGGCUGGGGGGGCCCUAAAAGGGUGGAGAUGCUAUCCAUGAACGGGAACGGGGAGGCGUCACUGCAAGCGGCGAGGGAUGAAGAAGGCGGCGUACAGCUGUCGGUAUCCAUCUCACAGUUGUGUAUGGAUGCCUUCGCUUCCUUCUUUGUGAAUGGUCUGUAA